AGACAUUUUGCGCGUCAAAAUCAAGAAAAAGUAGAAAUGAAAUUGGCAUUAAAUAUUUUGGGUCUGUGUGGCUUGUUCUUUAUUGAGGUUCUUGGGGCUGCUGACAAUUCAAAAUGUCAGUUUUGGAAUCAGUUAGCUGACAAGCUAUCACAUGCAGAUGAAAAAAGUGGUGGUGCCUUGCGGUUUGCAUGCAACAGUUCAUGCUCGAAUAUCACAUGCAAUGGGCAUUUUAAGCCAUCUGUAUUUACUGCAACGUUUGAGAUGGACUUAUGUUUCGGACUGAGGUUGAAUCCCUGUGAAAAUCCAGUCGCAAUGGACUACUAUGUAGAUGUUCCAAAUGAAGAUGCUAGUAAAGCCAUUAAUAUGUCGGGUUCUAUUGCUCACAAUAGCUCCUUUGACAUACCAGGUCCAACUCUAGCUGGCAUUAAAACUACCAUUGUAGUUCUUGUGGAAAUGGUUCGGGUUAAUUCUACACAUGUCGUAUAUGGGAUAAAUGCAGAUGUAAGAGCUACUAUGGGAGGACUGCCAACCUUCAGUGAGAAUCGGAAAGUGUUGCCACCCAUGUAUAUAGAUGUGCCGCCAUGUACAGAUGAUAUGAAAAAUUUAGCUCCGAUGAAAUCACCAGCAGUUUGCACUCCCUUACCAACCACAGCAACAACACCACAUACUCCUAAAGCAACAAAAGGAAUGUCAACUCCAAAGCCAGUAACUGUUGUCAAUUCUAAGACCUACAACCAGUCUUGUGAGUUAGGAGUGGGGAAUUGUGAGAAGUAUGAGAUGUGUAUAGCAACAACUGACAAGAACAAACUUGUUAGAUCUGGUGUCUGCCAGUGUCAGCCAGAUACAAUGUUUGAUGGGAAUACUGGAUUUUGUAAACCGGCUAGUCAAACAACACAGAAGACUGGUUCAACAGCAAAACCUACAAAUGUUCCAUCUGUGACCAUAGCACAGAACAGCACUGACAAAGGCAAGAAAGGGGGAAUAAACAUGACUGCCGUGAUUAUUGGUGGGGUGUUUGGUGGAUUGUUGUUGAUUGUUGUUGUUGUUAGUAUAAUCAUCUUCAUUGGUCGCCGACGACGUCAAGCCGACGUCCGCGGCAGACAUACACUUCUCUCCGAUACAGAUGAUGGUGAUGACACCAACAUGGUUAUCUAAAACAGGGGACAGAACUUUUUACUCAGAAGGCCUAGGCAUAUUGAUGAAAUCCAUGGGAUUUAAAAUAUUACAUUGAAUACUUUUAACUGCUUUUUUUUUUUUUUACUGAAAAUUGUCCUAAUGAAGAAAUGGCAUUUCUCUAUCAAAUUGACUUGAUGAGGUGUAUAUGUCUAUUACACAAUUAAGUUUAAAAAGAUCUGAGCCAUGUUGUUCAAAUAUAUAUAUUGUUAGCUGAAAGAGAGGAGUGUGACCUCAUUUUUAAAUUUACAUUCCAGUUAUUCAUUACAAUUAAAAAAUGAUAAUAAUCAGGAAAUAUAACAUUCCCUAAAUUUCUGUUGUCCUUGUGUCGUAAGAUUGAUUGAAAUACUCAGAUAUUUAAUUAACAUUGUGUUUAACGGCAGUAGAUGAAUUUAGACAACAGUGAUAAGGUAUACAUUGGUUGGAAAGAGCAAAACUGUUCCAAGUGCAUCUUUAUCUGUGUGCAGUUAGAGUGCUGAGGGCAAAACUGUCGUAUCUUGUUCUUUAAUUUAUUCAUAUACUGUUUCAAUAGUUUCGCGCCCAUUCCUUGAACAUUUGACCACUUUAAUUUGCUCUUAACCCUGAAAGAUUUUGUGGUAUGUUAGGGGCCAUUUUCUUUAAGUUUAGUUUUUGCAUAUUUUAAAAACAUCAGAUUUUCUAAUUAAAGAUAAUAUUUGAUUUUGUUAACUUUUGAUAAAUUUUAUAAGUUAUCAGAUUGGUAAUAUAGUGUAAUAGCUGUGAUGAAAUUACUAGGAGUUGAAAGAUACCAAAUAUUUGUACUUGUAUUGUGUCAAAGAAAGGCUUAUUUACAGGAAGGUCUGUUUCAUUGUGGCAGAUAUUUGAGUGAGGCAAUAAGUAACAGUUUGUUGUCUGAUUUAUAAAAUGUUGAGGUAAUUUUGUAACUGUAGCUGUAAGUAGUUAAAUAUUUGUUUUUCUUUUUUUUACGAGAAUCUCAUAAUUUAAAACAAGUAUAGGAGAAGCAUGUGUGAGAACAUGGAAGUGAACUAAUUUUGAAAUGUGUUCUCUGUCUUUAUUAUUGUAAUCAAAACUAUUUUUCAAUUUCAUGAUUUAUUUUUUUACAUUUUCUUUCUUCCUUUAUACUCAUUUUAUUAAGAAUGCUUAACAGAGUUGUGAUAGGUUUUAUUUUUGUUAAAAACUUUAAAAAUAAAAGAGAAAAAGAAAGAGAAUUUAUCAAUAUUCUGUCAUCAGAAAGUGUCCAGGCUUCCUUGGAAUUUUAAUCAAAAUGCUAUCUAUAGUGAAAACCAACAUAGUGCUUUUGCGACCAGCAUGGAUCCAGACCAGCCUGCGCAUCCAUGCAGUCUUGAUCCAUAAUUGUUAGCUUUUAAAGCCUAUUUCAUUUAGAGAAACCGUUAGUGAACAGCAUUGGUCUUGACCAGACUGCGUUGAUGCCCAGGCUGGUCUGGAUCCAUGCUGGUCGAAAAUGCACUAUGUUGGUUUUCUCAUGGUGCAGCUCAAAUGGUAAAAAUUGACAUUGUUACAUGUACAUAGUUGAUUAUAUCUGCUGAAAUGUUUUGUCUGUAACAUGCCAUUACAAAAAAAUGUUGAAGGUCCAAGUUCUUUUCUUUUUCUUUUUUAAGAACAAAAUGCUUUAUAUAUUGAACAUAUUCUGGGUAUACCAAUACUGCCAGUCUUAUAUUCAGUGGACUCUGUAACAAAAUGAUUGUAUGAAAAGAUAAAUUUUAUUCUGGUUAAUUAAUUUAUAUUUUAGCUUUAGACUUUUGGCAAAGAAAUCGUAAAAACACCAGGUAAAAGUUCCACUUUUGUCGUUAAAGAACAAAGGUGGAGAAUUUUAGCAUUUUCCGGCAUAUACCUAUUACCAUGAAUUUCAACUUUAAAUAAGUUGUUAAACUGAUCUAAGGCAAAGAGAGCAUUCCUAUUUUACAUGGGUCAAACUAAAUAUGAAACAGAUAUGGCAGAAAUAAGCAACUUCAUUGAAAAUUGCUGAGAAAAAUUGCAAAGAUUAACUAUAACGACCAGUCACUUAGCUAAAUUCUUUAAAUGUUAAGCACUUUUCAUGUUAAGUGUCAAAAUUUAACAGGCCAUUCACGGUAAUAUGUAUAUCCCAGUAAUUGGUAAACAAGGUAUAUAAGAGAAUUAUAAAUAUUUAAGAGAUUGUAAACAAUUAGAUUUGAAAUAAGUGUAAUUUUUUAAAAUAAGAGUUGCAUUUUGUACAUUUUGUUCUUUUCCUGCAUUUAAUCUUUAGCCUGCUGGCGGCAAUUGGUUGUGCCUUUGCGACUGUACAGGCUGAUCAUUGUCUGCACUGUUCGCUAUUCAGUCAGUAAAUUUUCAGUGAACACCCCUUUAAAUGAUAAGUGGUAUUGCCAAAAUUGAAUGACAGACCAGACCAUUGUAGAAAUAUAGCAGGGUAAAGGUUAAACAAAGGAAAUAAACUGUUUUACAAGAACUUAUUGGCAAUAACUUUAACCCUUAGCCUGCUGGCGGCAAGUGAUUCUGCCUUUGCGACCAGUGCAGACCAAGAUCAGCCUGCACAUUCGUGCAGUCUGAUCAUGGUCUGCACUGUUCGCUAUUCAGUCAGUAAAUUUUUAGUAAACACCCCUUCAAAUGAUAAAGGUACUGCCCAAAUUGGAAGAUGGACCAGUCCAUUACAGAAAUUUAGCAUGGUAAGGGUUAAACAGUAGAUUUGAACAACACUGUAAAUCCUUUCUGAAGUGUUAUUGUUCCAUUCUUUAUUGUCUUUCCUUUUUUUAAAUGCAUAUCUCAUUGUUUCUUAUUAUUUUUAUUUUUAUAGAAUUAUUUAUUUCUUCUGUACAUUUACAUGUAUCUACAAAUUGUUUUUAUUUAUUUGUUAAAAGUUGAAUAAAAGUUAAAUUGAAUUAGAUCUAGUAAUACAAAGUCUGCUCUCAGAAUCUCAGAUAAUAGAUUUAAAAGAAAUAUGUUUUUACAUUUUGAUUCAUUUAAGUAUACACAGAUUGCACAUGUUAUACAUUUUAAACACUUACAGAUAUUGUAUAUUAACAAUGUAUGUUAGGAAAACGAAAAAAUAAACAUACUGCAUAACAAUAACAUAAUGAUUUAAAAGAAGAAUUAGAUUUAAAAGAAAUAUGUACUUUUUGUAUGAGUAUGUAAUGAUAAUAAAUGUUUAUAGUAUAGUUCUGAACAUAAACAAAAAAAAUUACAAGAGCAUUUAUACCAAGUAAUACUGUGAAUUCAUGAAUAUUCGUGAGGGAUUACUUCUCGUAGAUUUCAUGACAGUGUCAAUCUGUGUAAUUAAAUCACAAUUAACACAUAAAAUUCUCAUUCGUUCUAUAUCCAAAAACUUGUAACCUCACAAAAUAGCCGUUUUGGGUAAAACUCAUAAAGUUUAUAUACAUUGUGUUCAGCAAAUACCUUUUUUUCAUACUAUACACAGUCUAUCCGGUAUAGAAACCCACUCUUGGAAAAAGAGUAUAAAUGGUCUUUAAUUCAAGGUUGUUUUUAUACACAGGUUAAAAUGAACACUGCUGUGCGAAAACCAACAUUAGGGCUUCGCAACGAGUAUGGAUACGGAUCUGUUUGCACCUCUUAUCAGUUGCAUAGAUGUGCUGAAGUUGAUGAAUGAACACUGUGGAUGUAGGAAUUAGCAAACAGUAUGGCUGUGCAAUGAUCUGUAUCCUUGCUGGUGCGAAAGCCCUAAUUAGGUUUUUGCACAGCAGCACUUAACUACACUUCAAAAAAUUAAAGUUGAAAAGAGACUAGUGGUCAUUUGAGCAAGGUGUUGUCUAUUCACAGGUGGUCUGUGGCACAAGUUAGACUUUAAAGUUGAUAAUAUCAUUUCAUUUUAAAGAUUUUGUUUUGUCAGUUUCUUAAUGUCCAUUUAGUCACUCUAUUACAAAGAGUUAUACUCAUAGCACUUUCUAGUAAGGACAUGUAUAUAUCAAAUAUGAAAACCGGCUGUAUAUUGUUCAUAGUGGGAGAGAAAAAAAGGAGAAAAUCUAGCUGUAUAAAAUUGUAUGUAUGUGCAUGUGACAGAUUGUGCUCUUGUGUUGGCUUUAUAUUGAUAUUUCUUGUCAUAUUAUGGACUGUAAAAAGACAUAAUACUUGUAUUGAACUGUUUAUGUAUUUGUUUUUGUAUUUUAACAGUAGAUGUGUUUUUAGCUCACCUGUCACAAAAUGACAAGGUGAGCUUUUGUGAUCGCGCGGUGUCCGUCGUCCGUCCGUGCGUCCGUAAACUUUUGCUUGUGACCACUCUAGAGGUCACAUUUUUCAUGGGAUCUUUAUGAAAGUUGGUCAGAAUGUUCACCUUGAUGAUAUCUAGGUCAAGUUCGAAACUGGGUCACGUGCCUUCAAAAACUAGGUCAAUAGGUCAAAUAAUAGAAAAACCUUGUGACCUCUCUAAAGGCCAUAUUUUUCAUGGGAUCUGUAUGAAAGUUGGUCUGAAUGUUCAUCUUGAUGAUAUCUAGGUCAAGUUCGAAACUGGGUCACGUGCGGUCAAAUACUAGGUCAGUAGGUCUAAAAAUAGACAAACCUUGUGACCUUUCUAGAGGCCAUAUAUUUCACAAGAUCUUCAUGAAAAUUGGUCAGAACAUUCACCUUGAUGAUAUGUAGGUCAAGUUUGAAACUGGGUCACGUGCCGUCAAAAACUAGGUCAGUAGAUAAAAUAAUAGAAAAACCUUGUGGCCUCUCUAAAGACCAUAUUUUUCAUGGGAUCUGUAUGAAAGUUGGUCUGAAUGUUCAUCUUGAUGAUAUCUAGGUCAAGUUCGAAACUGGGUCACGUGCUGUCAAAAACUAGGUCAGUAGGUCUAAAAAUAGAAAAACCUUGUGACCUCUCUGGAGGCCAUAUAUUUCAUGAAAUCUUUAUGAAAAUUGGUCAGAAUGUUCACCUUGAUGAUAUCUAAGUCAAGUUCGAAAGUGGGUCACGUGCCUUCAAAAACUAGGUCAGUAGGUCAAAUAAUAGAAAAACCUUGUGACCUCUCUAGAGGCCAUAUUUUCCAUGGGAUCUGUAUGAAAGUUGGUCUGAAUGUUCAUCUUGAUGAUAUCUAGGUCAAGAUCGAAAGUGGGUCACAUGCGGUCAAAAACUAGGUCAGUAGGUCAAAUAAUAGAAAAACCUUGUGACCUCUCUAAAGGCCAUAUUUUUCAAUGGAUCUUCAUGAAAGUUGGUCAGAAUGUUCAUCUUGAUGAUAUCUAGGUCAAGAUCGAAACAGGGUCAUGUGCGGUCAAAAACUAGGUCAGUAGGUCUAAAAAUAGAAAAACCUUGUGACCUAUCUAGAGGCCGUACUUGAGGCUAUAUUUUUCAUGGGAUCUGUAUGGAAGUUGGUCUGAAUGUUUAUCUUGAUGAUAUCUAGGUCAAGUUUGAAACUGGGUCAACUGCGAUCAAAAACUAGGUCAGUAGGUCUUGAAAUAGAAAAACCUUGUGACCUCUCUAGAGGCCAUACCCUUGAAUGGAUCUUCAUGAAAAUUGGUCAGAAUGUUCACCUUGAUGAUAUCUAGGUCAAGUUUGAAACUGGGUCACGUGCCUUAAAAAUCUAGGUCAAUAGGUCAAAUAAUAGAAAAACCUUGUGACCUCUCUAGAGACCAUAUUUUUCAAUGGAUCUUCAUGAAAAUUGGUCAGAAUUUUUAUCUUGAUAAUAUCUAGGUCAAGUUCAAAACUGGGUCACAUGAGUUCAAAAACUAGGUCACUAUGUCAAAUAAUAGAAAAAACGACGUCAUACUCAAAACUGGAUCAUGUGGGAAGAGGUGAGCGAUUCAGGACCAUCAUGGUCCUCUUGUCUAUAAGUAUAAACAGAAAUUAGGAUAUUUUUCUCCCAGUUGAUGCAUAAUAAUGUUAUUUUAUCUCACCUUAUAUAUUUCUCCUUAUGAACUUUUUGUGAAUUUUGUAUAUAUCUUUCAUUUGCAAAACAAUGCAUUAAAUCGGAUUUUGUGAAUUGACAAGUAUAUCAUAUAUUUUUAUGGUAUUUAUGAGUGAUUCAGGAUUGCUGCCAUAUUUAAGUCAGCUGAGAGCCUCAGGGUGACUCUCUGUGUGUUCGAAUUUCAUUAUCUGCUGUCUUUCUAACAUAUAAAUAGAAUUUUGUUUCCACAGAUCACCAUUCCCCAUAAGGGGGUAGUUGUGUCUGGCUUAUUUUUCAGGCUUGUUUUCAUACUAAAAAUAGAAACAUGUGAAGCCAGUUGAUGAAAUCUAGACAUCUGAAUUAUGGACUGUUAUGAAGAAUAUUUUCAGUAAAGUCAAUGCAUGACAAAUGUGUGUCACUAAAUAAAAAUUUAAACACUUUAUGAAUCUUUUCUCUCAGAUAAAAUUUCAUUGAUUCAGUGUAGAUACUAAUGCAGUGCAGGUGUUCUUGGUUUCAUCACAGAAAGUCUGGGCUGUCUUAAAUAAAGUCCUUAAUAAAGGUAUAUUUUAAAAUAUUCUUGCAUUUUCCCUAGCAGGUUUACAGGUAAAUGAACUUUUAAUGAAGUAGGACAAGUUUUAAUUUGAUUGUUUACAGGCAUAUAAUGCUAGAUUUCCAACAUUGUUUGAAGAAACUAUUCACUGCAAUAAAAGAGAUUGCGUUCCGACAGAAAUUACAAGAUUGAUUAUCUAAAAUAAUCUGUGGUUUUAAAUAGUGUGAAUAUCGUUUGUAAUGUAGGUCAGAGUAGUGGGGGUUGGGAUCUAUGGUCAAGCCUUUAUAUCAGAUUUUGAUUACGGUGAAAUUGUUCGGACUUGAGAGCUUUAAGUCUAUAAUUUUGAGCUCUAAAAUAGGUGUUAUAUUUAGAUAGGUAACAGUCUUUUUUCAAAAUUACAUGUUUUUUUCUCACUUUUUUCACAUUUUUCUUCUUUAUCCUCGAAAGACAUUGUAUAAUUGUGAUCCUAUAUUGUUGUUUUUGCUGUUUGAUGCUAUAUAUUUAUAUCAUACUCAAUAGUCAGAUUUUUUUAACACAUGUACCAGCUGUUCUUAUAAGUGUGUUCAUGCAACUACUGCUAGAUGUGAAAGCAUACCAAAUUUUGUUGGUAUUUUAUGUUUCCAUAUCAAGUAGAAAUGAAUUGUUGCACUUUCCAUUACCUCUAAUGAACAGACUCUGUCAAACCGAGUCUGCUGUUGUUGUUUUUUGCAUGAUUGCAUUCUAUGCUUCCGCAAGAACUUCUUUUAAUACAGUCCCUGAGGGUGUGUCUGUGUGCACAAGAGGUCCAGAGAAAAUUUCUCUAGAAAUGAUAAACGGAACAUCUAAGGUGUAAGAAAAUCGAAGGUGAUGGUGAUUUUCUUGGACCGCACCAUGAUGCGACACCAUCACCCUCGAUUUUCUUACACCUUAGAUGUUCUGUUAAUCAUUUCUAGAGAAAUUUUCUCUGGACCUCUCGUGCACACAGACACCCCCUCAGGGACUGGACUAUUUUAGAUUUUAUUUAUUGAUACUUUGCUGUUGAGGAAAAAAUAUUUUUGAAAAGUUUUAGAGUUUUGUUUCCAUGGAGAAAACAUGGGUUUUUAAUUUGAUGGUAAGAGAGGUUGCAAUUUUAAAUAUUCAAGACUUUGUAUAAUUCAUUAUUUAUUUCUAGGGAGUCUGAGGGGUCAAAAUGCAGAACAUCACCAUUUUCUAACAGUUUAGUCAUACACAUGGACAAUGUACUUACGAAACCUUAAAUUUGAAGUCUUAAACUUGUGGAUUUACAUGUAGCAAACAACUACAUUUUAAUUUGUUAGACAGAUUGUUGUUAUUAUUUUAUAGAAAUUUAAUACAGGUACCUGUACAUAUCGUUUUAGCUUAUCUGAACUAAAAGUUCAUGGUUAGCUAUUAGUAUAAGAGGAUGGUCCGUCAUCAGCAUUUUUACUUAAACAUCAUUUUCUCUAAAACUACAUGUCAGAAUUACAUCAAACGUGGUAGGUAGCAUACUGGCUCAUAGACCUCUCUCAAGUUCAUUCAAAUGGUUCUGCUUGCCCUAAAAUGUAAAAAGACCUUUAAAUGACUUCUUCUCAUGAAAUGCCUGAUGAAUACUCACCAAACCUAGUCAGAAGAAUCUUUAGGUCUUCUUUUUCAAGUUUGUUCAAAUGGUUCUGCUUGAUUAUCUGUGCUAAAAAUAGAAAACAAUCAUUAAAUGACUUCUUAUAAACUGCAUUUUGGAUCUUUACCAAAAAUGAUUUGUAGCAUCUUUGUAUGGUCAUCUCUCAUUUUUGUUCAGAUUGUUCCAUGUAAUACUUCCUAGGGUCUGCCAAUUUUAAAAAUGGAAAAGGCUUUGAAAUAACUUAUUUUCAUGAACUGAAUAAUAAAAAUUCACUUUUGGUCAGAAGCAAAGUCAGUAGGUAUAAGUCAGGUGAGCGACUAAGGACCUUUAUGGCCCUUAAUGUUCAUUGCUAUACAUGUAUGCUAAGGUUUCAGCAUUAGUUGAUGCGACACAUAGACAAAGCUUGGUGAGGCCCUGAAUAUAUAUAUGAGCCGUGCCAUGAGAAAACCAACAUAGUGGGUUUGCGACCAGCAUGGAUCCAGACAAGCCUGCGCAUCCGCGCAGUCUGGUCAGGAUCCAUGCUGUUCGCUUUCAAAGCCUAAUGGAAUUAGAGAAACUAAUAGCGAACAGCAUGGAUCCUGACCAGACUGCGCAGAUGUGCAGGCUGGUCUGGAUCCAUGCUGGUCACAAACCCACUAUGUUGGUUUUCCCAUGGCACGGCUCAUAUUAUGUGCUAUAAUUCUGUUACGCAUAAAACUUACUCAUUUAAUUUUUCUGUUGUUAUGAAAAUCACAGAUGGAAGUAAUGUACCUAGUAUACGUAAAGGGUCCAUAAGCUAUACAUGUAUAUCAUAAUAGCAGAACAAAAAUGUGUUAAUACUUAGAUAUAUCAAUGAUUUUUCAUCAGGGCUUAUAAAAGCAUUUUGGCAUAAUUAUGAUGUUACAUGUAUUUUUAUGCCCCCGAAGGGAGGCAUAUAGUUUUUGAACCGUCUGUCAGUCUGUCGGUCUGUCAGUCUGUCCGCAUUUUUCGUGUCCGGUCCAUAUCUUUGUCAUCGAUGGAUGGAUUUUCAAAUAACUUGGCAUGAAUGUGUACCACAGUAAGACGACGUGUCGCGCGCAAGACCCAGGCCCGUAGCUCAAAGGUCAAGGUCACACUUAGACAUUAAAGGAUAGUGCAUUGAUGGGCGUGUCCGGUCCAUAUCUUUGUCAUCCAUGGAUGGAUUUUCAAAUAACUUGGCAUGAAUGUGUACCACAGUAAGACGACGUGUCGCGCGCAAGACCCAGGUCCGUUGCUCAAAGGUCAAGGUCACACUUAGACGUUAAAGGAUAGUGCAUUGAUGGGCGUGUCCGGUCCAUAUCUUUGUCAUCGAUGGAUGGAUUUUCAAAUAACUUGGCAUGAAUGUGUACCACAGUAAGACGACGUGUCGCGCGCAAGACCCAGGUCCGUAGCUCAAAGGUCAAGGUCACACUUAGACAUUAAAGGAUAGUGCAUUGAUGGGCGUGUCCGGUCCAUAUCUUUGUCAUCGAUGGAUGGAUUUUCAAAUAACUUGGCAUGAAUGUGUACCACAGUAAGACGACGUGUCGCACGCAAGACCCAGGUCCGUUGCUCAAAGGUCAAGGUCACUCUUAGACAUUAAAGGUCAUUUUUCAUGAUAGUGCAUUGAUGGGCGUGUCCGGUCCAUAUCAUUGUCAUUCAUGCAUGGAUUUUAAAAUAACUACGCAUGAAUGUGUGACACAGUAAGACAACGUGUCGCACGCAAGACCCAGCUCCGUAGGUCAAAGGUCCUAAACUCUAACAUCGGCCAUAACUAUUCAUUCAAAGUGCCAUCGGGGGCAUGUGUCAUCCUAUGGAGACAGCUCUUGUUAUAAUCUAUAAUUUUUUCUUCAUAUAAAGCCUUGUCCUUCUCAAAAGGAAAGAUGUUAUAUUUAUAGGUUAUUAGCUUUGUAUCGGGAAUAUUGCGCGACUUUAGGAGCACAAUAUUAUUCCGCUGAAGAACGAGUGCAUAUUUCCCGAUGCAAAGAUAAUAACCUUUUUAUUACAUACGCAUCUACACGUAUGAAUAUUAUGUAAAUACCAUAUAUGUGUUCAAUAGCCUGAAUAGGAUUGACAAUACUGAACUAAAUAGAAAAAAAUAGUGCAACGACACACACUGAAUUACAUCACGCACCCGAUAUGAAAUUCAGGCGUCAGUGUAUGGAAAAAUAUUGACGUUUCCGGUACCAGUGUAACUUAACGGGGAAUAGAAAUGAGUAUGUAAUAAUUCUGAAAUAUCUUACUUCCAAGCCCAGUAACAAAUGUCUAGUGCAUGAGCUAGGUUAUACAACAGAUCUUAGGAAACCCACCACAUUUCUGACAGAUAAAUUGUCCCCCUAAAACACACAUACACCUUUUCAGCUAAAACUGAUAUUAAAUUUAACACUAAAAAUGUUAAUAACAAAAUGAAAAAGCAUUUUGUCCAAACUUUAUUACAUAGUUUACAAUUUCAUGAUCAAACCAUUUUUUUCUCAAUUUGUCUUAUCCAGUCAUAAUAUCAUGUAUGUGAGGUGGUAGAUGUUUUAGACAUUUUCAGAAUUUUCAGAUAAUUUCAGAAUUUUCAGACAAUUUCAGAAUUAAUUUCAGUGUAUGACACAUUCUUUCAUCGAAAAAUAUGUUUUUGGAUAUCAUUUGGACAUAUAGCUUAUUUAGUUUUUACGAAUCCAGUGUAAAUUGCUUCCACGUGUGGUAAUUUUCCUUUUUCAAAUAAACGUUGAAACGUAUAA